AUGGCGCACAACAGUAGCAAUCAUAGUAAUGUGGCUCCUGAGGAUGUCCAUGACAUCGCUCCAGGUACUUUCAGGGACAUGCUCCACGAGGACAGGGCCAGGGCAGAGCUCUCUUCCGAACCCAUCGUGUCGGAACCAAGCGGCGGCACUAGUUCCGGGCAGCGCAUGACAAGCGAUACCUCUGCUGCUUCUGCUGCUACACUUGAGCCAAUACAAACUAGUCCCUUGGACUUGGAGAUGACCUCGUCAAUUUCCCUCGGUCAAUCAUCUACACUGGGUCCCCUGAGCUCGAGCGGUGGUCUUCAGGCGAGCUCAAUGGAACUCUCCGAUCAAGUCAACAGAAAUUCCAGUACUUUCCAAUCAUCAGCACUUCUUAGUCACCUUCCGACAUUGGACAAUGCUCCUUCGGGCGUGAGUCCUGUGGAAACGAGCAGUGUUCCCAAUACAAUGGCAGUUAAGCGCGAGUCUCGGGAGCUCUGCUGCUUGCCAAUCCCUCGCCAGGUGAUCAAUACGGCCAUACGGCUAUCUCUUUCUCUAUCCCGCUCUGGCUUUGGUGGUGCAAUUGCCCCUCUUUCUAAGACCGAGAGCAGCCUGGAACCGGGCGAGGUCAGGAGCAUCUCUACGCCUACUCUACAUCAUCAUCAAUCCUUUGUCAUUGAGGAGCCUCCAAGGAACAAUCUUGGUUCCAUUGACCCGAGAUACCAAUCUAGAAUCCAGCUCCUCUUCGCCUUGGGGGUCAUCAAUCUUAUGGCCAAGCUGCAGCCCAGAUUCGAGUUCAAAUUCGGCGACAGGGAUGGAUCAAGGAUAGGUGCAAGGCUCACGCUUUACGGCCAUACGAUCCUGGUCGAGCCUAUCUACGCUACGAUUGAUAGGGCCAGGGUUGAGGGUUGUCGUCUUGCUCUCGAAGAGCUCAAGAAGUACAACCCGACUUGGUUGUUCCCACCCCUGCCCAUGGAUGGUCCCAUUGGGUCGGAGUGGGAUUGGACAAAGUUGUUGGCUGGUGAGAAAAAGAGAACCCCCUACCAUUCCAAACCAUACUAUAUCUUGUUUUGCAAGAUUGAAUCUAGUUCAAGGCUGACUUUUUCUUUUCUUCUUCUCAAGAUUACUGCCAAGAGAGAGGUUUGGGACCUCCUCGCUACUAUUCACAUGUCCCCAAUUUCUACCAAUGGCACAGCGAGCACGGAGCAGGAGGCGCGAAAUAGGGCUGCCCAUAUUGCUCUUCGUGAUUUGAUCCUAUCCGAGUUUUCUAAUGACAAUCAAUACAUCCUGCCGGCUGAAUCUCAGUACUUGCCCGAGGUCAAGCUCGGAGGCAAUUCUGGGCAGCUUCGGCGUUGGGGGUUGUCGGCUGAUCCCUCUUCUUCUGAUGAUCGAGGAAGGUACUCGAAUCUGACCUCGCCUACCUGGAGGGGAUCACGUCGAGCAAAGGCAAACUAUGUUUCGAGAAAGCGUCGAAACCAAGGACCCCCGCCCCCUCCAGCGAAGAGGAUCAAGCAGACCCCUUCGAACGCUUCGGCAACCUAUCGCCCUAUCCCCGUCGUGGGCGAAGGUCGUAAGAAAUUGCCAUUGAAAAGCGCCCAACCUAAGGGUACCAAGGCCAAUUGUGUCCCGGUUGAGAACAGUCGUUUACCAGAGGUCGAAGUCCAAGAGAAAGUCGACAAUCGACUCGAAACUCUGAAAACUCUCCAGGAAAUAUUGAAGAAGUUUCCUGGAAAUGCUGCCUAUCUGGAUUUGAUGACUGCAAUUUGCGAGGUCAUCAACGUCCAACGCCCUGAAAUCCAAUUCCACCCAACCAAUCCCUCUGAUCACGAAGCUGCCCGGGGGCAGCACACAAUUUCUGCUUCCUUUGACCAAGGCCAUCCCUUCCUGAGCCGUGCGAGUCCCAUCUUCUUGGCAAAUGUCAAUCAGAUGGGCGCUAAUGCGGCGGAGUCCCUGGGCAUCAUGAAGCUCAUCCUGUAUCUUCUGCGAAUGCUCCGUGAGGAUGCGGGCUUGGACUUCGAUGAUGCAGAAUACAAGAACGAUCUGAAGUUUCUCAGGGACCUGGAGAAUGAAGUCGAGCUUCGUUUUGCCCGCUCAAUCUAG